AUGGCAGAGAGCGCACGCCUUCCGAGAUCCACGCCAAGCAUAGACGACUCGCGCUGGCGUGAUGUCCAAGCGUCGUUGGAAGCUCGAGACGAUGGCUGCGCUAACCUCUUGCGCGAGCUCUUCCACGCGGUGCCCGUCAACAACUUUGGCGUCUGCAAGGCAGCCUUGGGAAUGAUCGUCGACCAGCGCGCGACGAAUCCGAUGGCGUGCGCUGCGACGCUUGUCGACUUGACCAUGCGCUUUUGGACCGAUACGACGGCGCCAAUUGCCUACUUGCUUCUCAUGACGCUGGACGAGCUACGUAUUGAGACCACGGCUUAUGUAGCCGACGCCACGCGGCGACAGCUGCAGGUGCUCGUCGUCCGCGCCCUCGAUGGAGCCGACACGGUGGAUGCCAAGGUCGUGACAAAGGCCAUGGGCCUCUUUUCGCUGCACGCCGUCGACGACGAGCGCGUCCUUGCGUACGGACGCAGGCUCGUCCAAAACCAAGAGUACAUAAGCGUUCUCAAGCUCGUGGCGGCCUUCCCGGCGCUGCAGUGGGACUUUUCAUGGCUUUUGGGACAGCUCGUCGCGACCAACAGCUGGUCCAUGGCGGAGCAAUUGCUCAAGGCCGCGCCCAGUCAGAACCUGCAGCACCUGACGACGCACCUUGUCGAGCUCACACUGGCCAAGCAAGACAUCAAGAAGGCGCACAAAUUUGUACACUUGUACGGCCUCCAAGCGGCCUUUCCGGACGUCGAGAGCUGGUUUCGGCGCGAAGCGCUCGAGAAGCUUUGCGCGCAGAAAAAGUGGUCGAUCGCGACGUCGUUUGUCGGAACAGAUGCGUCCCUUCAGGCGACAUUGUACCAGUAUGUGGCAAUGGCCGCACGCGUCGAGGAAGGCAAACACCCCGUCUGGCUCGGUGUGGACGUCGAGUGGCGGCCGCUCGUGUCCAAAGAUGAAACGUGCCUCGCCAGCCUCCUCCAACUCGCGCUCGCGGACCGUGUAUUCCUCAUCGACCUUGUAGCUCUCGAGACCACUCGAACGGGCUUGGACGUCGUCGAAGCAAUUUUGCGGCAUCCCUCUGUGCUCAAUAUUGGGUUUGGCUUCAAGCACGAUCUCCGAGUGCUCAAGCACACGUUUCCAGACAAGACAACUUUUGACGUUGUCCACGGCCUCGUGGACAUGGGAGCGCUGCUGCGCUCGUGGCAACCGUCGUACACGGGUCGGAGCUUGUCGGACGGUGCCGCGCUCGUUUUGGGGCGACCUCUGAACAAGAAACAACAACUUUCUGACUGGGAGAAGCGACCGUUGACGCCAAAGCAAGCCGAGUACGCAGCCCUCGACGCCUGGGUGCUCGUCGCCAUGGCCCAGCGCAUGUGCGAAUCGUCUGAUGAGCUUUAUGCUGGCUGCAUCGAGUCGAUCAUAUGCGACGUGCCACCAAGCCGACCGGUGACCGAUAUCGUGCGCUUGCGGCAUGCGCGACAACACGCAAAGUCGGCCUCCGUGAUGACGCAGCCACGCAUUGCAGACUUUGUCAAGCUGCACGAAGGCAAGCGCAUUCGGCUGUUUCCUCGGAGCGACUUGGACGCCAACGGCGAGGGGGCUAGCGUGCGUCUCGCCAACAGCCUCUGCAUUCUCGCCAACGGGGUACCGUGCGUCGUCGUGCUGCCCCAGGACGCCAAGGUCGACUUGAGUCUCCUGAGUAUGGUCUUGGGUGUCGCUAGAAAGAAGGUGCGCUUUGCCCGGCCCACCGAGUGCACCAGCAUCUUUGGGUACGCGCCGGGGACGGUGCCACCGUUUGCCCACAACGUGGCCGCGCCCGUCUUGCUCGACACGGCCCUCGAUGGUGCAGAGCGCAUUGUGCUUGGCGGCGGAACCUCGGAUGUUCUCUUGGAGGCGUCGUUCGAGGCGCUUCUGGAGCUCUGCCAUGCUCCGCGCGUUCUGCCUUUGGCGGUGCAGAAUGACAUUACGAGCUUGCAAGCGGCGCCGCAAGAGCUCAAAUUUCUCGCUGAUACGAUGCUUGGGCGUGUUGCCAAGUGGCUUCGCAUGACAGGCGUCGACGUCGUGCACUGGGACAAGUGCGACGAGAAGUCGAACAUGCUCAUUCAAGCGACCGUCGAGCACCGAAUUGUGCUGACGCGGGACCGGAAGCUCGCCAAGCAGCGCCAAGCGCUCGCGUGCUACGUCGUCCUCAGCGACAACAUUGAGGCGCAGUUUCAAGAGAUCAAAAAGCACUUUAGCAUCGAGUUCAACGAAGAGACGUUCAUGUCGAGAUGCGCCAAGUGCAAUGGAAAGGGCUUUCGCAUCGUACCGCUGGAAGAAGUCCGGGUCGGCGACGAUGUUCCGGCGCGCGUGCUUGAGACCGUGACCGACUUUUGGGCGUGCCUCCUCUGUGCCCAACUGUACUGGGUUGGACCAAAGUACAGCACCGCGCACGCCAAGAUGCAAGAAAUCUUCGGCGACAUUGGCAGCCAGUAACGCUGUUUUGCAGAUAGAAAGAAUAUAAUCGCAUCAACAUUGCGCGUAGCACUGCACUAGUGUCCA